GUGGGUUUUUUUUUUUUUUUUUUUGGCCUAAACGGAACCUCUCCAAUAGUCCAAUAUAUUGACAAUGUGCGUUGUCAAGGAUUCUAAUCACGCUCAUCUUGAGAACAAGGGCAAUAAAUUUUUUGAGAUUUUUUUAUUAUUUGUUCUAUUAAUUGUGAUCGAUUUUAUUGCUAUAAAAUAAAAACUAAGAGAUUAAAUAGGUCACUUUAAGUUUGAAUCUAUUUUUCUAGACACCAAACACAAUCUGGAUCUAUAAAUAAUCCACUUUGAAUAAUAAAACCGGAUCGGAGAUGAUGACUUAUAACUAACCCUAGUAAUAGGCUAGCUACUUCAGCUGCUACUAAUUAAUUUUAUUAUAUGUACUUGUAACAAACACUUGUGUGCAAUAAUGCAAUAGUCACUGUAUGACUUACAAGUGGAACACUUUAUCAUAAAUACUUUAGUCAUCUAUUCAAAAAAAAAAAAGAAAAAAAAAGAAAAGAACUUUAGGCAAUUAUUAACCAUACUAAUGUACAUAAGAAAAAUAAGCAUCUUUCACUACUUCACAAAGCCAAAACUUAAACAGUAAUCAUAUAACCGUAAAAACAGAGUUAAGGUGAGCUAGAAACUAUUUGUUUACAUGAGGAAGAGCAGCAGCAAUGGCAAUAAUAGCGCGGCGCCAUUGCUGGAGAUGGAAAGAGGCGGCAAGAGGAAAUGGUGGGAGAAGAUGAUGGACUACAAAGAAGGGAAGGAGCAAAUAUUGUAUUCCAUGCCAUUGGUGCUAACAAAUGUGUGUUACUAUCUCAUUCCAUUGGUUUCGGUUAUGUUCGCGGGUCAUCUUGGUCAGCUUCAACUUGCUGGUGCUACUCUUGCUAAUUCUUGGGCUUAUGUUACAGGUUUCGCUUUCAUGCUUGGCUUAAGUGGUGCACUUGAGACACUUUGUGGACAAGGUUAUGGUGCAAAACUAUACAAAAUGAUGGGAAUUUAUCUCCAAGCGUCAUGCAUAAUCACAUUCAUUUUCGCCAUAAUCAUAUCAAUAAUAUGGUGGUUUACUGAACCAAUUCUAAAUUCCUUACAACAAAACCCUGAAAUCACAAAACAAGCAGCUAUUUUCCUUAGAUUUCAAAUACCAGGAAUUUUCGCAUUUGGCAUAAUUCAAAACAUCUUGAGAUACCUUCAAACACAAUCUAUAGUUUGGCCUACUGUUGUAUGUUCUCUUAUACCUUUGCUAUUGCAUUUUGUUCUAAACUACGUGUUAGUCUAUUGCACCACCCUCGGCCUUGGUGGCGCUGCAUUGGCUACUUCCAUCACAUUUUGGAUUUCCGUUAUUAUGUUGCUUCUUUAUGUCAACUAUAGUAAAGACUGCGAGCAUACAUGGACCGGCUUUUCUAAGGAUUCGAUUUAUUAUGUUGUUGGUAACUUGAAGUUAGCGUUACCCUCUGCUGCUAUGGUUUGUUUAGAGUAUUGGGCAUUCGAGAUCUUGGUGUUGUUGGCUGGCCUAUUUCCAAACUCGGAAGUAACAACUUCUCUAAUCGCAAUGUGUGUUAAUACAGAAGCAAUUGCGUUCAAUUUUACUUACGGCUUAAGUGCAGCAGCAAGCACGAGGGUAUCGAAUGAGCUAGGAGCAGGGAGGCCGAGUGAAGCGAAACACGCAAUGGGUGUAACAUUGAAGCUAUCAGUCCUGCUGACUGCUAUAAUUCUUCUAGCUCUUGGUUUAGGACACGAUGCGUGGGCGGGUUUCUUCAGUGACAACACUGGUUUAAUGCAUUUAUUUGCUUCCAUGACACCUUUUGUUUGCAUUACGAUAUUUCUUGACUCAAUUCAAGGCAUACUAUCAGCGGUGUGUAGGGGAUGUGGUUGGCAACAUUUGGUGGUGUACAUAAAUUUGGGUACAUUCUACUUCAUUGGCAUGCCCAUCGCAUGCUUACUUGCCUUCAAGUUUGAUUUGUAUGUCAAGGGUCUUUGGGUAGGCUUGGUAUGUGGCCUCACAGCUCAAAAUGGUUCACUUUUCCUUAUUACUCGACUUCGGAAAUGGACAACAAUCGAGCUUUCUCCUAACUUCGAAGAUUCAACAUUAGUACUUCAAUCGGUGUAACUUAAAUGGUAUCAACCUCAAUGCAUCAAAUAAAAGAUGUGAACUUUAUUUUUGGCUCCCUACAAUGCAUGGCUAAGAUUUACGUACUUUGUAGCAUAUUAGUAGUUUGCUUAACAGGUUAUCUUACAUCACUAAUUUUAGUAUGUUAAAUUUGAUUUAUGUUUUGUCUUUUGCAUUUCUUUUUGAUGGAAAAAUAUAAAGAAGAGAUAGCUUCAUACUCCCUAUGACCCGAUUUGUUUGCUCUAUUUUUUUUUUUCUUUUUUUAGUUGUCAUUCAAAGAUUGUUAUAU